AUGGGCGUUAUCUCCGUAGGCGCGUCACUCGGCGUGCGUCCAGCGCGCGCGAGCGGACUCUCUUCCCCAUCCACGUCCGAACCGGCAGCCGUCGACCGAUGUGCACGUCGGUCUUGUGCCUCGUCGAAGCCCACGACGACAGCGUCGACUCGAGCCGUACCGAGUGAUCGCCCCAAGCCCUUGAAACGGCGCGAGCCCUGCGCCAGCAGUGGGUCUGCAGCCGCGAGACGCGGGACGCCCGAGCGUUCUCGUCCGCGCAGAGCAAGCAGCGACACGCCCGCGUCCGUCAUGUCGCGCGGGAGCUCCCAGCCACUGAAAAAGAGCAAGACGUUGCCGAGGGUGCAGGGGAUGGACGUGCCACGAGAUGGGCCACACAGCGUGGACGGGACCAGCGGCAUUCAUUUGCAUCAAGCUGUUAAUGUGCGUCCGAGCAGUGACGCAGUUCGUGACUCGACGACAGUGACGAGGGAUGAGGCAAUGGAAAUCGAGGCACGAGACGUGGCGGACGCACACACGACAAGGUCGGACACAGGUACGACGGAGCGAGUCGAGAGCGACGUCGACGAUGCUGGAAGAGGCGUGAGCGUGGUGCGGCAGCUACCAGCUGGUGGAUGUAGUUACAACAACAACAGCAGCAGCAGCGAGAGCCAUAGUACGGGCAUGAUUCAUGUUCAGCUGCUUGUGAGUGGAAAGAACGAAGAAAGGGGAGAGGCGCGAACGUCGAUUUGCAGUAGUCGAGAUACGUUACAGUACGAUGCGCGUGGAGUCGCAUGGGGGAUCACGAUCGAAGACCGCAUGCUACAUGAGACGUAUAAUCAGCAAAAGGAUGACGAGAAGCGAGCGACAGUGUGUCAAGGCGGCAAUCGGCGUUGGCGUGGGAUGCAAGCUGAUACGACCACGCUAUCUCCGCAACGCCAGUUGAAAUGCCGACAGGAAGGGGAUUUUGCUACGAAGGAAGCGGAGGAGUGGAAGAGCAGAAGCGUGUCUUGUGGAGUGGGUGAAGGUGAUACUGCGAGAGAGAAAGAUGAGAAACGAUGUUUGCAGGAGAAAAGCACUAUAUUGCAGAGACGACUGGCACGCAGUGUGAAAAUUUCACGGCUAUUAGAAGCUGAGGUCAAGCUUGCUCGCGCUCAUGAAGUAUUGGAGCGUCAUAAGUGUUUGCAAUUGCGUCGCCGUUACGAAGAGCUGAGGCACCGUAAAAAGGUUGUUGAGCUGGUGGUGAAAAGGCAGUGCAACGCGAUGACUGCGGCAUUAUCGACUACGUCGUCGAGCAAAAGAAAGCAGCACAUGCUUGAAAGUGAGCGGCUCAAUGUCGCCCACAAUGCGUAUCCAUUCACAACGAGCGGAAUACAUGAUUCGAUGCUGCGAGAACGUGAUGGUAAGGCGAAGCGGGUCAAUGCAGGCAAGGUGCGUACUCUUGGACUGCAUUCGACGAGAGCAGGUCUGGCGAAGAAGAAAGACUUGGCACAUUUGGUGAAGAAGGUACAGGCUGUCGAAAGCCUACUCACUUCCGGUUUACUUCCGCGGUCUACUAUCGGGGACCCCGAUGCUAUGCAGAUGCAAAACAUUACAGCUCAUGAGGAGGAUGUGCUGGAUAGUGCAGACGUAGUCGAGUGCGCAGACGAACGGCUGAACAUGGACACAUCGAAUGCGAAUGAAAUAGUGAUUGAUGUUUCGACGGGGGAACCGGCUGUUUCUAGCAGAAAACAAAGCGAAGAGAAAAGAAAUGAUCGACGUGAUGUCUUUCGUUCGACACGAGAUCUUCCUUUUCCUGGUCUGACCCGCGAUUUAAAUUUGAUUCAAGACUAUACCUUAGAGACAGACUGUAAACUACUGCGCUUCUUGGCAGGUAAGCGUCAGUACUUUUACCUGGAACCUCUGAUGACCGGCAGUGCGUACUCGAUCGAGGAGAAGCAAUGGCUACUUUCGGCUCAUGACAUCCAGAUACUUCAUCGAUUUCUCUUGGACAACGCUAAUUUUGGCAACGAAGUUGUGGUUUAUGCUGAAAGGUUACGUGCGCUUGGCAAUUUGGUGCCACCUCUUUCCACUUCGCCCAGUCGCAAUUCGCUAAGUGGUGAGCUGGGUGUGUUUGGGUCCUCGCGACACAAAGAGUGGAGUGAGUUACAGAAUAAGAUCGUCAACUUGCACUCACUCGCGUUGAUAGCUCAUAUGCUGGGGAAGCACUAUUUGAGCAGACACGCGGUUUGCGGUAACCGACGCAAGAACGACGUUAUUUUUGAUGACAUUUUGGGUGAAGAUACGUUGAAGUCUGAUCUGUUCACGUACAUUCUGCGCCCGAUUCGGUCUUCUGCAAUUGAGUCCAGUUUAUUCGAUUCACUGCCUAUUUCAUUAGUGCGCGAAACCAUCGAGCACUGUCCCGAAGUUGUGAACCAUGUGUUACAAUGGAAGAGCAAGAACGACGUGCCGGAAUACCUUCGCAAGAUAGACCCUUGCAAUCCUUUGGUCCAUGGUGUGACAUCUGCUACGGUGAGCGAGCAAGUACAUCCUGGCAACAGUUACUUUUUAAGAAAUCUAUUGUUGAGACUCACAACGUAUGCGCGGGACCUGGAUGCGGCAAUAAAAGCACUAGUGGCCACGCUGAAAGAAAAAAUACCUACUUGUCAAAAGGAUCGCGCAAAUUAUGCCAGUCUUCGUCGUGAGCGCAUCAUCGCGCAUGUAAACCUUUUGACGUCUGUGACGGCACAUGUGGUCGCCGAAAACACGAAGUUGCAGCUUCACAAAUGGUGGGUGCUCUUUUUUGAGCAUUCAUGUGCGUGGUUCAAUCCAGGCGGUGUUGAUGAAGUGGAUGAUCGAUCGUAUGAUAAGUUUACGUGCCUUCAGGAUGCCUUGUAUAUUUGGCACAAUAAGGCGCUCUUGUACACAACCCAGGACGAUUUCGUCGAUUGUAAGCAUCCGGGGGAAUUAGCACUAGAUCAGCAUGAAGGAAGCGCAGUCAACGGCGAAUACUGUCGUAGCUCUGGAUCUCUCUCUUACGGCUCUAUGCCUACAGGUGCUAACAUCUCGCUCAGUCUACGCGACGAAGACGAAGCAGCACUAUUGCAAUCGACACCUGCGAGUAUGCGCGACGCGGUCCAAAAUCGUCCAUUUUCGCGCGAGGAUGCAAAACAAUGUAUGAUGACCUCGCGGAGUGUGGAAAAAGCUCGGUGUGAACUGGAAGAGUCGUUGGCACGCACUAGAGAUUCAAUGAACGAGCUCGGGCGUGCUGGGCCGUGGCGUACACAUGUAAAGGAUUUUAACGCGUUGACACGCGAGCUGGCUAAGCAAUUUGCGAUUCAGAAAAAGCUCGUGAAGAGUCAAUGGGCGCGGCACUAUACGAAAUAUAACGAAUUCUACCUACCACUAGCAACAAAAGAUGCGAGCCUGGACCGAAGGGAUGCAGAUAUGGCAUUGCUUGCGGGCACUGGAAGUCAGGCACAAGAUAAACUCAUUGCGGAAGACGGCGCCAAUGCUGCAGCAUCGAUUGGUAUUGACUGGACAAACGUUUACGAUCCUGACAAGGACGCCCCUGACGUUAUCGAAGUGAAAAAGCUUCGACAUGAAAUCACGUUAGCAAAGGAGCAGUUGCUGCGCGAAAUUGACGCACAACAUCGCGAUACGAACGUGCUCAUGGAUACCAUUCAUGACAACAGCAAGUCGGCUUCAGAUCGUGGAGAUUCCACUGAUCUGUCAUCUACGUGCGGCGCAGUUCCUUCACGCUAUCUGCACGGUAGGCUCGGCCCCUUGCCAACUUUUGACUACGGCAUCGACGGUGCCUUCGGCCUUGGCCCAUUCGAUCAGCGCGGGCAAUAUCGUACAUGGCGUCCGGCGCCGUUGGACAAAAACGAGCAGGAAGACCUGUUUCGUGCGGCUCGCGUGCGCAUGAAGCUAGUUCGCUCAACGUUCGCGAAGCGCAUGGGUUUAGCGUCAGGCUCAGGUUGCUUGGAUGGCGAGCAGUUGUGGCAACCAGACCGGAUACAGAUGAUGUGGGAGCGUCGUGACUUCCAUGGCGUGCUGGGCUUGCCACGCGACGCUCCCGUUCAGCAGAUAAAGCGACAAUACCGCAAGCUCGCCCUCAAGUUGCAUCCUGACAAGGCAUCGGAUACCUCAGUCUCGUUGGAAUCUACCGUUGCCGAAGCUGGCCGACGUGUUGGAGUGGGUAGCUCUGGCGAGCGCGUGGAUGCUUUUGUGGCUGCAACGCAGUCGUACAAAAUCUUGCUCGGGGACGUUGAUAGCGUGCACGGACUUGGAUAG